CUUUACAGGAGAAGUUUGCCAACCCCUGGUCUAAUAAGACAUUCAACCUACUCUGAGUCUGGAAGCAGAAAUUUCCAUCCUGGGAACCACCACCUUUACCAGAGUCUUCAAUGCCCACUAUGACUUCACACAGUUGGCCUGUGACAGGCAAUCAGGUCAUCGUCCACGGCUACCAGGUGUUUCAUGUCUACUGUGACUUCCAGGACCACAAGCCCUUUUGCGCCCACCAUGUCUUCACCUAAGAGAUCUUCAAAGCCCAGUAUGUCCCCGGCACCCAGUGGAUCCUCCAUGCCCACUGCGGAUCCCAAGCCUCCUGCCUCCUUGAAGUUGACCAAAUCAGCAACGCCCAACAGAUCCUUAGUGCCCACCAAACCAGCGACAACCCGCAACUCAGUCAUGAGCCCAAGCAGUUCCAAUUCCACCAAAUCGACCAGUACAAAAAGAGCCCCUUCUAACCGGCCCAGCAGCAGGUCCCGAGUCCGCAGCAAAGCAAGAACACCCAGCAGGGUGAGCACCGACACCAGGACCAGCAAAGCCAGCAAAGCCAGCAAGGCCAGCGGCGUGAGAUGCCACCAGCGGAGGGGCACACACAGCCGGGGUAGGACACCUGGCAGAAGGGGAAGCCGCAGCUCCAAGAGGUCACCCAGCAGGGCCAGCACUCCUGGCAGGAUAAGAACUCAUGGUGCCAGACCAGGCAUGGCCAGCAGGGUGAGAACUCCCACUUCACAGCAAAAACGGAGCCGGGGAAAGAGUUACGGCCGGCCUAGAACCAGCAACAGGGAAAGGAGUGACAGCCAGCCUAGAAAUAUGAGCAAGAAGAGUUACCGCCCACCAGGAGGCUCAGGUGUAGGGAGGAGUUCCGAGCUGGCUGUAACUCCCAGUAGAGCCAAGUGUCAAACCCCGACUGGAAUUCCCUCCAAGGAGAAGAGUGACAACCCAUCUCCAUCGUCAUCCAGGAAGGUGAAGAGCUACGGUCAGAUGAUCAUCCCCAGUAGGGAAAAGAGUUACAGCCCCACUGAAAUGUCCAGCAGGGUCAAGAGUUACAACCAGGCCAGCACCCGCAGCAGGCCGCAAAGUCACAGCCAGUCCAGAAGCCCCAGAAGGUCAAGAAGUGGCAGUCAGAAGAGGACGCACAGCAGGGUAAGAAGUCACAGUUGGAAGAGAAACCAUAGCAGGGCGAGAAGUCGCACCCGGAAGGGAAUUCUGAGCCAGAUGGGAAGACACAGCCAGUCUAGAAGCCACAGCAAGGGGAAAAGUCAAAACCAAUCUAGAACCCCCAGAAGAGGAAGAAGUCACAACUGGUCUAGAAACCCCAGCAAGGAAAGAAGUCAUAGCCACUCUAGAAGUUCCAGCAAAGAGAGAGAUCGCAGAGGAUCUAGCAGCAGCUCCAGGAAGGAGAGUGGUCGCAGUCAAUCUGGAAGCCCCAACAAGCAGAGAGAUCGCAGCCGAUCUAGAAGUCCCAACAAGGAGAGAGAUCGCAGCCGAUCUAGAAGUCCCAACAAGGAGAGAGAUCGCAGCCGAUCUAGAAGUCCCAACAAGGAGAGAGAUCGCAGCCGAUCUAGAAGUCCCAGCAAGGAGAGAGAUCGCAGCCGAUCUAGAAGUCCCAACAAGGAGAGAGAUCGCAGCCAAUCUAGAAGUCCCAACAAGGAGAGAGAUCGCAGCCGAUCUAGAAGUCCCAACAAGGAGAGAGAUCACAGCCGACUUGGAAGCCCCAGCAAAGAGAGAGAUCGCAGCCGAUCUAGAAGUCCCAACAAGGAGAGAGAUCGCAGCCGAUCUAGAAGUCCCAACAAGGAGAGAGAUCACAGCCGACUUGGAAGCCCCAGCAAAGAGAGAGAUCGCAGCCGAUCUAGAAGCCCCAGCAAGGAAAGAGAUCACAGCCGACUUGGAAGCCCCAGCAAAGAGAGAGAUCACAGCCGAUCUAGAAGCCCCAGCAAGGAAAGAGAUCACAGCCGACUUGGAAGCCCCAGCAAAGAGAGAGAUCACAGACAAUCGAGAGGCCUCAGGAAGGAGAGACAGCGCAGACAAUCUAGAAGCUCCAGCAAAGAGACAGAUCACAGACAAUCUAGAAGCCCCAGCAAGGAGAAAGAUCACAGCCAACUUGGAAGCCCCAACAAGGAGAGAGAUCGCAGCCAAUCUAGAAGCCCCAGCGAGGAGAGAGAGCACAGACAAUCCAGAAGCCCCAGCAAAGAGAGAGAUUGCAGACGAUGGAGAAGCCCCAGCAAGGAGAGAGAGCGCAGACAAUCUAGAAGCUCCAGCGAGGAGAGAGAUCACAGCCGAUCUAGAAGCCCCAAUAAGCAGAGUGGUUACAGUCGACCUAGAGCCUCCAGCAAGGAGAAAGCUCACAGCCGAUCUAGAACCCCCAGCAAGGAAGGAAAUCAUAGCCAAUCUAGAACCUCUAGCAAGGAGAGCGACCCCAGUCAAUCUACAGUCCCCAGAAGUCCCGACUGGAAGAGAUCCCCUACCAGGACAAGGAGUCUCAGUCAGAAUAGAACCCCUAGCAAGACAAGCAGCCACUCCCCAUCAACAUUUCCCAGUGGAGGCCAAACCCUAAGCCAGGAUGACAGUCAAGCCAACGCCACCAUCUCUAAGGCCACCUUACCUGGGGAAAGGUCUUCAUCGUCUUCUUCCAAGCUGGCGUAGCCCCCAGUCUCAGCUGGCUCACGGGUCUCUGUCAUGGCCGGGGGAGGGGACAGGAGACAGGAGCAGAGCAGCAGCUGAGCAGCGUCCCUCCCCGGCCAGCUCUCCACAGCCACACCUCUGGCCACAAGUUCUCUAAUACAGGAUGUUGGCAGGUAGAGAGGGAUGCUGGAUAGGGGGAAAGGAAAGACCUGUGAUGAUUCAAUAAAUUGUUACAUAGCACCCAUCCCCA